AUGUCAUCUAUUUUUCAAGAUCAGUCGCUUCUGGAUCCUUUCAAGCGCGAAGCUUUCGGCAAACCCACGCUUUUGAACCCCCGCACGUUCACAGUGGACGUACUAGAUUCGGUCCAGGCGCCUGAUGGUCGUUAUCAAUUAGUUCCGCGAAAGGUCCCCGUGCCUGAAAUAGGGCAAUUGCCUGUACCUGUACUUCGAAUCAUCUUCUCGCCCCUGGAUUUGCCAAGUAGCGCCACUGCUGAAGGACUUCUCUGGCUCUUUGAUCACUAUGCUGCGCCGUCUGCAUUCCUUGCGGGCAGAUUGCGGUCGGUAACACACUCGUUUGGGGCUUUGAAUUCCAUAAAUGGUUAUAAUUGCUCCUGGUUCCACUAUUUGUGUAAGAACAUCACGGUGAGACAUGAUGCUCAUGGCAACGCGCGGAUAUCCGAUCCCAGGCCGGGAGCACCACAGCUGCAGCACGGCGACUCGACGUGGAUACGGUCAGGGUAUUUUUUGCGAUGGGCAGCGGGUUCGAAUUGUGGUCCAGAAGUGACGCUUCUCUGUUUCGAGGCGUCGAAAUCUCUCAAAGAACGUCUAAAAGAUAUUUCACCAUCGUCAAUACCAAUCAACGUCGUCCGUGACCCGUACAGCCUCUUUGCUAUCAUCUUCGAGGAGCUGUCUUUGCAAAUGGACAAUACGGUUUGGGAUGUGAUGGAUGUGUUUCGCCAGAUCGAACUGAACACCUUGACCACGAUGAAGGAUAGGGAGUCUUUCACUGGGCUACAUAAUGUUUCAAAGCAUAUCCUCUUUCUCCAAGAGAACGCCGAAGCUACAAUGCUCACUCUGAAAAAGUUAUCCUGGCACCAUCAGCAAAUCCUAGAGAACAUCCCUGACGGGGACCGCCAUGCCACUGAAAUGGCACAUGGAAUGCUGACGCACGUGGAGACUCAGUUUCAGUCCAUUGGUUUGCGUUUGAAGGGUCUUGAAAAACGGAUGAACAAUAUCAUUGCAUUAUCCUUCCACCUCGUCACGCAAGACGGCAAUAGAAUUAUGCAGGCAGAUAGCAGUUCCAUGGCCACCAUUGCGUUCGUUACACUCGUAUUUCUGCCAGUGUCGACAGUAUCAACAAUAUUUGGAAAUCAAUUUUUCAAUUUUGACCCUGUUACGAUCCGUAUAUCACAAAGCUUCUGGAUCUUCUGGGUAGUGUCUGUCCCGCUGACCCUCCUGGUUCUUCUCGUAUGGCGUGUUAUCACUAAGGGUUUCCCGCCCGGACUGUACGAUGCUUUCAAUAUGAGAAGGGGGAGGUGGAGACUGUAA